CUCGUCGCUGGAUUUAAAGGCUGGUGCUGCUGGAUGCAUGGGAUAUAUGCUCAUCGCCAAGGAGCGAACAAGUUCAUCAUCAUCUUCCGUCUUAACUUCGCCUGCAGAUAAUUUCAUUCUCAGGAAGAAGAAGAUCAUCGAUCAACAAGGAUAAGCCUGGGUGGGAGAUAGAAGCAGCAUGGAUUUGCAACUCCAUUUGAUCGAAACUAUUACAAACGAUUUUUCAGAGGAUCAGAAAGUUGGAAGUGGUGGGUAUGGAGAUGUUUACAAGGCAGUGUAUAAAGGGGAAGAGAUUGCUGUGAAGAAACUUCAUCCCUUGCAAGGACUUGAUGAUAAGCAAUUUCACAGUGAAUUGCUUAACCUCACCAAGGUUUCUCACAAAAAUGUUGUACGAUUAAUUGGCUACUGCUAUGAAUCUCGGCAUAAAUACAUCAAGCGCAAUGGGGAGACUAUUUGGGCGAAAUCGAUGGAGCGUGUUCUCUGCUUCGAAUAUAUGCAGGGUGGAAGCCUCGAAAAACAUAUUGCAGAUGAAUCCUGUGAACUUGACUGGCCCACGUGUUACAACAUCAUCAGAGGGACUUGCGAGGGCUUAAAUCACCUUCACAGUGCUCCAGAUAACCCUAUUUUCCAUCUGGACUUAAAGCCUGCUAAUAUACUGCUAGAUAAGAGCAUGACACCCAAAAUUGCAGAUCUUGGUUUGUCACAGGUUUUUGCUUCAUCAGAAACACAUCAAACAGAGAUUGUCAAAGGAACACAUGGGUAUAUGCCACCGGAAUACGUGGCACAUGGCGUUAUAUCAAAGAAGUUUGACGUGUUCAGUUUUGGCGUCAUAAUUAUAAAGAUGGUGGCUGGAAAUACUGUCUAUUCCCGUUGUUCUGACAUGCCUCCCAAGGAGUUUAUUAAGCUUGCAAGUGAAAACCGGACCAAAAGGUUGCAGGCGAUGCCGGGCUCAUACUCAUCACACGAAGUAGACAUCCAACGAGUCACUAAGUGUGUUGAGAUUGCAUUAAGGUGUGUGGACAAGGAUCGAGAUAAAAGGCCUUGUAUAAAGGAUAUUGUCCAAGAACUUGAGGAACUAGAAGCAGAGAUACAGAAAAUGUUACCAACUUCUGAUCUUUCAGAAGACCUAACUCUCCAGAGAAGCCGUGACACCAACGUUGUGUCAGUGGAUCCGACGUUGGAGAUGCGGUUCCUCUUUGAGGCAAGGAAGGACGUAUCAUGCUGCCUGCAGCUGACAAACAAGACGGACGACUUCAUUGCGUUCAACGUGAAGAUAAAUCAAACCAAGUACCACGCAAGGCCAAGCAGAGGAACCAUGCCGCCGUGUUCGAAAAGUUACAUUGCCAUAACGAUGCGAGCGCAAGCGGCGGCACCGCUCAACAUGCGAUGCCACGACAUGCUCCUCGUGCAGAGCACCCGCAUCGACCAAGAGUUGGCAUCAAAUCAUGAGGAGAUUGAUUAUCAAGAAUUGUUCAAGGCAGCCAUGACGGAUAAGGUGGUUGAUGUGGUGAAGCUACCCAUCGUUUAUGUUACAGCGGAUCAAUAGUCUCCUACGCGGAACUGAGAAAGCGAGAAUGUCUGAGGUGGUAAAUGGACGUGUUGAUGAUUAAAUUCAGACAAUUACUGAGUUGUUGUAUG